UCAAUUUAAAUGUUUUUCAUUUUUUCACAUGGUAGUCGUAGAUGCAAAAUGGCAAACUUUUUCAAAAAAAUUAUAAAUGCAGUGAGGGACUGUGCAGAAAACUCAGAAGUGUAUCCACCGCCAAGAAAAAUUUUUGUUUGGAGAGUUUUUGACGUGAACAUUUCACUGGCCAAUGUUUUAAAUUUUUUCAUAAGUGCUAUUGUUAUAAUACUCACAUGUCUGACGGAAUAUGGGAUUAUCCCAAGUAAAAAAGUGGGUUUCUACUGCAAGGAUCCUCUGAUAUCCCACAAAUAUACAGGAGACACCGUGACUCCAGAAAUACUGGGUGUAACAGCCAUUCUUGUACCUGUGACGAUGAUUCUAACCACGGAAAUGUUGAUCCAUCAGUCAUUCAAGAGAAUCAACGUCUUUACGGCCUACCUGCUCUUCAGAGACUGUUUGGUUGGAACCAUCACAGUUCUGUUCCUCACCUCUAUGGCAAAAGUACUCCUAGGAGAACACAGACCGCAUUUUUUCGAUGUUUGUGAGCCAGAUACAGCAAUGAACUGCACUGAGGGAACUUUUGUGGAAAGUUUCACGUGUACAAGUACCAAGUAUGAUUUUUAUGUAAUCGCAGAUUCUUCCUUAUCAUUUCCUUCAGGACAUGCCUCAACGACUUGGUUCAUAGGAAUGUUCUCGUCGUACAUUGUCCAUGAAAGGCUACCGACUAUCAAUGCUGGUACUUUGAUGAAACCAUUUUUGAUAUUAGUUUGUCUGACAUGGUCGCUAGUCUGCUCGUUGACAAGGAUAACAGACAGAAGACAUCACUGGUGGGACGUCUUAGCUGGAACCACAAUUGGAAUAUUGGCCUCACUGUAUAGUAUCACAGUAGUUCAUCAAAAACUUUCAAAGAUGGAUUUGAGUUUCGUAGCAAAACACAAAGAGAAUCCAAUAGAAAUGGAGUUCACGAUUGAAUGAAGUGGGCUAUUCGAAAGAUAGAUCUGAACGAAUUUCAGUUUUUUGAAGAUUUCACGAGUAUGAAGUUUACGAUUAGAGAACUAAAAUUCCAAAUGAAAUAUUUCAGGUUGAUGAAUACAAUAAAAUACAGUAAAAUAUAA